AGGAAGGGGUUCUGAGUGGGAUAAAACACUUAAGUCGCUAAGUUUUUAGGGGUUUGUUUGGGGGAAACUUCUCUGCCCACUCGCUCUCUGACCCUGUGAUGUCAGACUGCUUUCCUCUUCCUGUUUCUGCACAGAAGGUGAAGCUCAGCAGCUUGUUUUUAAUCAGAGAUUCAUCGGCAUGGAUAAAUCAAUGUCCCAGUGCUGCUAGUCGAGUUAAGAUGGCAGAUAUUACGUCUGAAAAUUGGGGGACCUUCUAAUUACACUCGGAACACGAUGGCAGAGGAGAGCCGGCCUCUGGAGGAGAAGAAGCUAACACUAGGAACAAAGGCUGGCACAAACACCAACACUGGGUCUACGCUUUCCUCUGACGGUCCAUCUGAAAGACCACUCUCGGGUGCUGAGCAUCACAUCAUGGGUAGUUCCAACCAGCCGAUUAGUGUGACUGCUAAUGUAUCAGGAGCCGAAGCUGGUGGCAGUUUGUCUGGAAGGACGCUCUCAGGCUCAAGAAAGACUGAGAGAGUGUUUGGAGGAUCUGGAGCUACUGCGGAACCUCAGAACGUGGCUAGCUCCAGCCUGCCGUUUAGCAGCAGUGCUAAUAGGUUUAAAAUUUCCUCCGACAAUUCGUUGGAAAGAACGGUCUCUGUGCCUGGAAACACGGAGAAAAAUAACGUAGGAGCCUUAGUUGGUGCUGGACACCAGAACACGGCUUGCUCCGAUCAGCUGUUUAGCGGGAAUGCCAGCACGCUAAAAGCUGAAACCAGCCCGGCUGAUAUGGACGAAAGCAACCCGUCUUCUCUGCACUCAGCCUCUACCUGCACUUCUUAUAGCCUUGAAAUCAGCGUGUCCACAGCCAGUAAUGAGAGGGAAUCACAACCCCUGCCUUUGCAGACUCCUCCAGAAAGUAGGAAUGACCGAAAGAAACAGAUAAAUCCCUCAAUCCCGCCUGAAGAAACAAAACUAGCUGUAACAAACUUUUCUAGAGCUUCUGCUACCAGGCCUCUGCAACGAGGUGCCCAACCUGCAGAGUCAAUGGCUGCUAAGGUCACCAAGUGCACAGACAUGCUGGGAACCUGUCAGAUGGUAACAUCCAGAAGUGCAGUGUCUGGUGUGGAGGAUGCGUUUUCAUCCAUAACUAGCGGCAGUGGUAAGCUGGGAGCGCAGCCGAUUAGCAAAUUAGCAAGCCAGCCACCGAAAUCUGCCUCGGUGCAAAGCACUGAACAGAUGGACAGUUUUAGCUCUGAAAGGAAAAGUGCAGAAGAUGAGGAGGAGAUGUUUUAUGCUUUCGUGAUCCUGCACGCUCCAGAAGAUGUUGAAGAAGCAGCACGGCUGAAGGCCAGGCUGGAGAGAACAUCAUCAACAACCGGAGCCACUUUUGCUGAAGAUUUUGCAGAACCGGGGCGGUCCCCGUUCCGGUGCGUGGAGGACGCCAUAAACAACUCGGCCUACGUUAUGCUGCUGCUAACGCCCAACUUCAACACUCGCUUGAAUGAGAUGAAUGCAGAUUCUGCUCUCAUAAACUCCAUCGAGAAACCUCAUAAAUAUAACACGGUCAUCCCGCUGCUGCCCCGCGACAACAGCCUGACAUCCACUGAGCUACGUAUGGUAUUGAGAACCAAAUUACCAUUGAAAGAAAACGACAGGGGAUUUGAGAUCAUGGCUAGGAAAGUUCUGGAUCCAGACAAGAUCCGGAUCCAGAAGAAGAUAUGGAACCAGGAGCUGCUAUUCAGGAAGGAGCAAGAAAAGAAACAGCAACUACAGGAUGAAAACAGACGCCAUAAAGACUUCAUCCGAGAAUGUGAAAAGGUAGUAGAGCUAGAGAAACAGAGGAUGCAUCUGCUAAUGCAACAGCAACGUCUCUUACAUCCUUGCGCUUCACAACAACAAUGGUACCCGCCUUUUUCUGGAGGAGCUCAGCCUUUUGGGCCAGUGCCUCAACAAUGGCAGGAACCAACACCUCCUCAUGGUAGUGGCACUGGGUGGCCUCAGCCACCAUCCAGCAUCCACAUCCAGAACGCAAAGUACAUCAUGAUUGGCAAUGAUUCCACCAUGACUGUCAGAGCAGACAGCUCUGGAGACGAGGACAGUUCAUGAAAUAUUGUCUUCUUGUGUUCUGUAGAGGGGUAAUGAUCCACUUUUUAUCGGGUUUCUGAUGUGGUCAAGAUUCAAUAUGGUUUUUGAUAUUUUAUGUGUUAAUGUCUUAAUUUCUACACUUCUCAAAUGGUUCUCAGAUCUUUUUAUGUGCCUGCUCUGUCGCAAAAUAUUAACAUAGGCCGCAUAAAAUAUUGCAACCUUAGAAUUUAUAAGCUCUUAGGGCAAGAAGGCAGUGGCUGUGUUCGAAAUAACCUACUACGUGCUGCUUAUGUACUGAUUUCCUGGCGAAAUAAUAAGAAAAAUGCAAGAUAUCACCAACAUUUCUCCAGUAUGCCGAAGAUACCCAGAUGACGCUCUGCUCAGAUCAAAAACAUGGCCAUUUCACAAGGACAUAACCGCUGAUUUAACCCCAAUGUUUAGCCCUCAAGCAUUAUAAUAGCCCUGAAUUCAGCCUUGUAUGAAUACAUAAAUGACCGCAAAUUGGAAAAGGCUCAUUUGUCCAAAUUAUACUGCACUCAGAGCAAAGUUUAAGCCCCAUCAGUUUUCUGUGGUGGUCUUGUUAACUUACUGCAUAGACAAGCCGGUCGAGACAGGGCCGGUCGUGGACCGGAGGUUUGGGGAACCAGCCUUGUGACCAGUAGGCCGCUGGUUCAAUCCCCUGAGCCGAUAGUACAUGACUAAAGUGCCCUUGAGCAAGGCACUUAACCCCCGACUGCUUUCCGGGCAUUGUGAAUAGUGCUGCCCACCGCUCCAGGCAAGUGUGCUCACUGCCCCCUAGUGUGUGGGUGUUUCACUGCACAGAUGGGUUAAAUGCGGAAGUCAGAUUCCCCUGUGUGCAAACAGUCGUUGGUUCUAAACUGAACUAAACUAAUGAAAUAGUAACUUAAGUUUUCAUUUGAACAGUCUGCACACCAUGUUUUUACACCGCUUAUCGCAUGUUGACGAUAAAAUAACUGACCUUUUAGCAAAUGUUGUAAACCUUGGUGUCCCUGGAUUCCACAGACUUAACACUCAAUGAGGACGUUUUUUAAAGUUUUUGGCUUUGGAUGUGGGUAGAAAAUAACACCCUGGCACAUAUUUAGACCAACAUAUAUCCACAUGCCCUGGUAAGGAGCUGAAAAGCAGCUAGCAACGGUUGCUAAGCAGUGACAGGAGGGGUAAGGAAAUUGGGCCGGGUUUGGAGACGGGUCAGAUUGGCUCAGUUCCUCAUGUCUGGUCGCAUCCCUGCUUUGUAGUACGGCACACGGCUGUUGUCAUGUGUACUGAUGAUGAAGAGUAGUAUUCAGUGUACAGUAGAUACUGGUGCAGUGUACAGUACACAGUAUGCUAUUUUGAGCACUGGCAGCUGUUUGGGACAGGGUGUGUCCAUUGCAUAAGCCCCGCCCACCCUCCAAGUUCUCUGAUAGGAUGCACUCACGUGCCUAGUUUGAUUAUUGGUAGUGGUUUCCAUGAAAAAUGGUAACUGAGAGAUGCUCAUUUCCUUCUUUUUUUGAUACUGUAUUGAAAUUCUUAUUUUUUUACCGUCCAGAUUAGUUUUAUAUUAGGAGGUGCUGUAAUGUCUUUUUGAGUCUGUCAGUUUGUCCAAUCAAAACUUUAAUUGAACGCAGACUCCUGCAGCUGUAAAGAUCCGCAGCAGUUUUUAUCUGCUGUAAAAUGAACUGUAGAAAUAACCCCAGGUUAUUUCAAUCCUGUGCAAUUAUUCCAACAUAUCCUUUGGGAUAGAAGUGUUCUCAGUAGCCCAAAUCAAGCCACUAAGUACUGGACAAGUAAGUGACCACAACAAACAUGAUCCUCCGUAUACUCAAUGUAGGUUGAUAUCAUGUGACAAUCUUUACAAAUCUACAAAUUUGACAUCACUAACGGUGCAGUUAAUUGAGUUAAGACAGCUAGGAAGGCAGAUAAUAAGGAUGAACGAAAUAUUGAUAAAUGUUCUAACAUGUUGUCUGUAAGGAGCCAAAGCUACUUAAAGAUACCGUUUAUUUGUUAGGAGAGAAAAAAAAAGCACUUUGACCCUCAUUCAUCAAAGUUGCGUAAAAAAGAGCUCCGCUUUGCCCAUCUUCAACAUCGGAUGAACUGCUCUGCGUCUGAAUCAUGAAACUUUCAUACAAUGUAAAAACGAGCAGAGAUUUGAGCGCAAA